UUGACAAGAUUGACUGGCGGAAAAGAAAAUUUAGCACGGAUUUGAAUUAAUUUCUUGAGAAAAGAAAAGGAUGGUGAUAGAAUGUUACAAAUUGGGAUAGAUGAUUUAUAAUGGAAACGAUAUACUUAAUUAAAUGUUGUUGUGGCCGAACAAGAGUCGUAUGUACUGGUGAUGCAGUUGUUAAAAGUUAAUCCACCUACGCCUGAGAGUGGAAUUGCCAGUAAUGAUCUAGGUGAAAAUGAUCAUCAAUCAGAACCUACGGCAUUAUCUCCAUUGCCAACUGUAUCGCGGCGCCGAAAGAAUCCAGUGGAACUACAAGAAGCUGGCAAGACUAUGAAGGAAGCCAUAAGUUCACUGCAUAAAGUUUUAAAUAAACCACAAGUGGUAGAAGACGAUUUCGAUCGGUAUGGCAAGAUUCUUGCUAAUAAGCUUCGUAAACUAUCUGAAUCAGAAAGCUUAAAAAUCAUGUAUGAAAUUGAUGGAUUAUUUAUUAAGCGUUUAAAUACUACACCCACAUACUCUGCACGGCCUUCACCGAUUUACUCAUCGUAUUCAGAGCCAACACAACGACUUCAAUUAUCACAUCCGAAUACAUCACCAAUAUAUUACGUACGGCCUGAAUCGUCAUGUACCUCAUACUCAGAACCAGACAUGUCAGCAACACGUUCUUCUUCAGCCGUUUCCAAUACAAAUACCAUACAAAUUUUGUCUAAUGAGAUUGUGAGCCCACCAACAGAUACAGAUUACGACAUUCUCGGUCAAGCAUUUCAUCAAGCAUAGUUAAUUAAAUCCUAAAAACUAAUUUUCUUUUUUUCGUCGGUUGUUUUUUUUUUGUUAAAAAGCUGCUGUAAUAAAUAAAGUUUAUAAACAGUAAGUGUUGUU